UCUCUCUCUCUCAACUUCCGAUCAAGUCUCUCCGCCGUCUCUUCACCGGAGCUGACAAUUCCGAUCAUUUUUUUGCUUCCGUUAAAUUUCCGGCAUGGAGGAACCACCGCCAACCGCCUUGGAUUUGCCCCCUGGCUUCAGAUUCCACCCCACCGACGAGGAGAUCGUCACUUAUUACCUGACACAUAAGAUCACCGACGCCGCCUUCACUGCCACCGCCAUCGGAGAAGCUGACCUGAAUAAGUGUGAACCGUGGGAUUUGCCACAUAAAGCUAAGAUGGGAGAAAAAGAAUGGUACUUUUUUUGCCAGAGAGACCGGAAAUAUCCGACCGGGAUGAGAACGAACCGGGCGACUCAGACCGGUUACUGGAAGGCGACCGGAAAAGACAAGGAGAUUCUCAAGGGAAGAACGGUUCUGGCUGGUAUGAAGAAAACGCUGGUUUUUUACAAAGGAAGAGCUCCCAGAGGUGAAAAGACCAAUUGGGUCAUGCAUGAAUUUCGGCUCGAACCCAAAUUCUUUCAGUUUCUCGGUUUUCCCAAGCCCAUUAAGGCUGAUUGGGUUGUAUGUCGGGUUUUUCACAAGAACACAACGACCACUAUCGGAGUGGUGAAAAAGAUUCAAACUUCUGAAUUUUCUUCUUCUCUCCCACCACUAAUAGAUCCCGCCGCUGCUCGUACCCCGAUCAGUGGCGGAUUCAAUAAUGGUGAAGUCAACUGGAGGCUAUCAGGACCAUUCGAUAAUUACACAAAUGAUUACCAUUAUCAUCAGCCUUUUUCGGUGGCGAGUGCCGCACCGACAACGAUUUCGAUAAUGAACUCGUACCCACCGUCGGUCCCUGACGAUGAAUUCUUCUCAUUCGAUCAACUAGGCGUCGGUGGGACAAUGCCAAUGACGACGACAACAACCAUGGAGUGCAAAAUGGAGCAAGUUUCGUGGUCGACGAUGAGUGGUGUGACACCGGAGAUAUCAUCGUCGAUCGACAACGAGGCAGCUCUCGAGUUCUGGGACUACUGAAAAUUGAAAGUAGAUGUAUGAUCGAACACUGGCGAUGCUUUGUUUUAAAUUGGCAUUUCCGAUCUCGAGCGUUUAAACACCAAUUAAUUGAUUGCUAAUUAUUAUUUUUUUUUUUGUUACAUAGUCCUUUUUGGGAAGGAAUAUUAGAAGAACUUUCAUGGGUUUGGUUUGUUGAUUUGUAUUGAUAUGUAGCAAUGUGACAUUGUAUAUAGUUUCUUUAUCUUUGAUUUUAACCAUUGUAUUUUUUGUG